GCGGGGGUGUGUGCCUGGCCCCGGCCCAGGGCGCCGCGCCAGCCCGGCCUCGACGCCCGCGCCCGCAGGUGUCCGGACGCUUCUCCUCCGAGCCAGCCGUGGCACCGACACCUCCCGCAAAUGCUCAGCUUCUUCUGGCUGAGGUGUCUCUUAAAAAUGGUCAAGGGGAAUAUUAUAGUCCCUGAAGACAUCUUGAGCUUCUGUUGCAAUGGCCUCCAGGGCUCGACCUCUGCACCCCGUGCCCGGGAGCCAGGGGAGCAGGAGGAGGCACCGGGGGCCAUGGCGAGUGCCCCGGCUGCCCACAACCCCACCGAGGUGCAGAUGAGCCAGCUGGUGCAGCCCUGCCAUACCAACCACCGCGGGGAGCUCAGCACCGGCCAGCUGCUCAAGUGGAUCGACACGGCCGCCUGCCUCUCGGCCGAGAGACACGCCGGCUGCCCGUGCGUCACGGCUUCCAUGGACGACAUCUAUUUUGAGCACACCAUUAGCGUCGGGCAAGUUGUCAACAUCAAAGCCAAAGUGAACCGAGCCUUUAACUCCAGCAUGGAGGUGGGCAUCCAGGUGAGCUAUGAAGACCUGUGCAGCGGGAAGCACUGCAGCAUCUGCAAGGCGUACGCCACCUUCGUGGCACAGGGCCCCAUGGGCAGCAAGGUGAGGCUGGAGCCUGUGAUCCCACAGACAGAGGAGGAGAAGAUCGAGUACAGCAUUGCUGCCGAGCGCCGCCGCAUGCGCCUGGUGCACAAGGACACCCUCAAGGACCUGCUCACCAGCAGCCCCCAGGAAACUGAGCUGGAGACGCGGGACGGCAGCGGGGCGGUGCCGGCGGAAAGGACGCGGGUGGAGAGCGUGGAGCUGGUGCUGCCUCCCCACGCCAACCACCUGGGCAACACCUUUGGGGGGCAGAUCAUGGCCUGGAUGGAGAAUGUGGCCACCAUCGCAGCCAGCCGUCUGUGCCAUGCCUACCCCACGCUGAGGGCCAUCGAGAUGUUCCACUUUCGGGGCCCGUCGCAAGUUGGAGACCGCCUGGUGCUCAAAGCCAUCGUCAACAACGCCUUCAAGAACAGCAUGGAGGUGGGGGUGAGCGCCGAGGCCUACGGGCAGGAGAUGUCUGUGAGCCGCCGGCACAUCAACAGCGCCUUCAUGACCUUCGUGGUGCUGGACCAGCAGGGCCAGCCCCGCACGCUGCCUAUGGUGGCACCUGAGCCAGGGGAUGGAGAAAGGAGGUACAGAGAAGCCAGUGCUAGGAAUAAAAUUCGGCUGGACCGAAAAUACGUCGUCUCCUGCAAACAGACCGAGGUGCCGCUCUCCGUGCCCUGGGACCACAGCAACAAGGUCUAUCUGAGCUACAACAACGUCUCUGCGCUGAAGAUGCUCGUGGCCAACGCGAACUGGGCGCUCGCCAGAGAGAAGGAAAAGGUGCGGAUGUACACGCUGGAGGAGGACAAGUUCCUGUCCUUCCGCAUCGAGAUGUCCGUGUGCAUCCCGGCCAGCCGAGCCUUCUCCCUGCUCUCCAACCUGCGGCGCCGGCACGAGUGGGACAGCCACUACGUGAGUGCUGAGCUUGUCCAGAAGGUCGAUGACGAUGACAUGAUCUACCACGUGGUGAGCCAGAAGCUCAGGAAUGAGAACAAGCCGCAGGACUUUGUUAUCCUGGCGUCCCGGCGGAAGCCCUGCAGCAAGGGGGACCCCUACGUGGUGGCCUUUCGCUCGGUGACGCUGCCCACGCACCCCGCCAGGCCCGAGUUCACGCGCGGGGAGACGCUCUGCUCCGGCUUCUGCAUCUGGCCGGAGUCACAGGAGAUGAGCAAGGUGGCUUAUUACAACCAGGCCAUGCCGGGGUACCUGACCUACGUCACCACCAACGUGGCGGGGCUGUCCUCAGACAUCUGCUCCACCUUCGAGGCCUGCGAGAAGUUCCUGCUGAAGAACAAGGAGGACCUGAUCUCACGGCUGCAGGACUUCUAGAGCCACGGCCCCCUGCUGACAGACGGACAGACAGACAGAUGAGGGGACACUUCUGUGGUGGAAGGGAACGUGGGAUGGUGGCACCCAGACCCUGCCUCCCUGGGGGCUUUGGUCCCAGGGGCUGGGGUGGAGGGGCAUUGCUGUACCACCUCACCCCCUGCACUGAUGUGUCACACCUCUUCUUCUUUCUUUUUUAUUAUUUUAUUUAGAAAUUUUGUAAGCUGAUGUACAGGACGUGGUUUUCUAGUUCACUUAACACUACUUGAAUCUUUGUAUGAUCCAAAAUCUUCCCAAGCCAGAUUGUUUUUUUCUGUGGGACAUAACUGGUUCCUUUUGAGGCAGCAAAGGGAGAGAGGGGGCAGUGAUGUGGGGUGGCUGCAGUGAUGUGGGUGACUCUCCCCAGUGCUGCUCCUUCUCCUGGGCAGGGCUGGCAAACAGCCCCUGCUCUUCCUGGGCUGAAAUCCCACCCCAUCAGCAGCAAUAGAAGUGUUCUGAAAGGACAGACAUCCCUGUCUGCUCUGGGUGAGUCUCUGCUCCAGGGGCUGGCUGUGUGGUGAGCCUGGAGCAGGGUCCUGCACCCACAGCUCACCUGGGCUCAGGUGGAGCUGGGGAACUUUGAGGCAGGACUGUGCUGCAGGAAAGGGGUGGCUGAUAAGCAGAAGGAGCUCCUGCCCCUCUCCUCCAGUGGCUCCCAGCCCUGGGCUGGCUGUAGCCAUAAACCCCCAAUCUCUGCUCUAUCUCCCGUCAUAAACAUCUCAGCUCAAGGCCUGGCAUGGCAACCUCCAAAAGAUAAAGCCAUCUUAGGCUGAACAUGGUACAAAACAUUCAGUUUUUAUAGAGCCCUCUUAUCUCCCAAAACUCAGAGCAAUCCUGCCUUUUUAUCACCGGGACAAGAGCCAUCCUUCCUGCUCACCGUUAGGAAUUGCUGCUGCUUGAUUAAAGUGGAGGGCAUGAUGUAUUUGCCUGAACAUUAAACUCUAACUGACCUCUC